UGCCCCCCUGGGUCCGUAGAGGCCAGAAAGGGGCAGGAGGCGGCCCGUCACGUGACGCCCGGGCACACGUGACUCGGAGUACACAUGACUUCCCGUCUCCGGGCCGGCACCUCCAGGAGAGCAAGGACGCGAGGGAGCGGAGAUGUUCCGAGUCGCGCUGUGGCCGCCGGUCCUCCUGCUGCAGCUGCUGCUGCUCGCCUGCGCGCCCGGGGGCGAAGCGGCCCCCGACCAGGACGAGAUCCGCUUCCUGCCCGGGCUGGCCAAGCAGCCUUCUUUCCGCCAGUACUCCGGCUACCUCAAAGGCUCCGGCUCCAAGCGCCUCCACUACUGGUUUGUGGAGUCCCAGAAGGAUCCGAAGAGCAGUCCUGUGGUUCUGUGGCUCAAUGGAGGGCCAGGCUGUAGCUCCCUUGACGGCCUCCUGACAGAACACGGCCCCUUCCUGAUCCAGCCAGAUGGUGUCACACUGGAGUACAACCCCUACUCCUGGAACCUGAUUGCCAACGUGUUAUACCUUGAGUCCCCAGCUGGAGUGGGCUUCUCUUACUCCGAUGACAAGUCUUAUGCCACCAAUGACACGGAGGUCGCCCAGAGCAAUUUUGAAGCCCUUAAAGAUUUCUUCUGCCUGUUCCCGGAAUACAAGGGCAAUGAGCUUUUCCUGACGGGCGAGAGCUAUGCCGGCAUCUACAUCCCAACCCUGGCAGUGCUGGUCAUGCAGGACCCCAGCAUGAAUCUUCAGGGGCUGGCGGUGGGCAAUGGACUCUCUUCCUAUGAGCAGAAUGACAACUCCCUGGUCUAUUUCGCCUACUACCAUGGCCUUCUGGGGAACAGGCUCUGGUCUUCCCUGCAGACGCACUGUUGCUCUCAAAACAAAUGUAACUUCCACGACAACAAAGAGCCAGAAUGCGUGGCCAAUCUUCAGGAAGUGUCCCACAUCGUGGCCAGCUCCGGCCUCAACAUCUACAACCUCUAUGCUCCAUGUGCUGGGGGGGUGCCCAGCCACGUAAGGCAUGAGAAGGACACUGUCGUGGUCCAGGAUCUGGGCAACAUCUUCACCCGCCUGCCACUCAAGCGGGUGUGGCAUCAGACGCUGCUGCGUUCUGGGGAGAAGGUACACCUGGACCCCCCCUGCACCAACACCACGGCCGCCUCCAACUACCUCAACGAUCCUCACGUGCGGAAGGCGCUCCACAUUCCCGAGCAGCUGCCCCGCUGGGACCUGUGCAACUUCCUGGUGAAUAUCCAGUACCGCCGUCUCUACCAAAGCAUGUGUUCCCAGUACCUGAAGCUGCUCUCUGCACAGAAAUACCGGAUUCUGUUGUACAACGGCGAUGUGGACAUGGCCUGCAAUUUCAUGGGAGACGAGUGGUUUGUGGAUUCCCUCAACCAGAAGAUGGAAGUCCAGCGCCGGCCCUGGUUGGUGGACUACGGGGAGAGCGGGGAGCAGAUCGCUGGCUUCGUGAAGGAGUUCUCCCACAUCGCAUUCCUUACCAUCAAGGGUGCCGGACACAUGGUCCCCACCGACAAGCCCCAGGCUGCCCUCACCAUGUUCUCCCGCUUCCUGAACAGACAGCCAUACUGAGAACCACAGGACCAGCCCCCACUGCCUGAUCUAGCCCUUGCCAGCCUCUCCUGCCAGAAGAAAGGCCCCCUUUAUGCAGAAUGCCCCUGUAGGGCAGAUCCCUGCUUCCAGAAUGGCUCCCACCCCUCUCCACUGCCCUGUGCGUCCCAGACCUGGCCCCAGCGCCUCACUUGGGGGGAGUUUGCACUUUAUAACUCACCGGGGUGGGGCCUAACCCCCUCCCUACUGAAAGAAUUGCCCUCAUUGCACUGAUAGCAUCCCACAAUCAAAACAAAGCUCAGAACACCCCACGGGGAGAGUGGACGGACUGUAAUUGAUGGAUUGACUGUGAUUAUGGAAUUAAAUUGGGUACAUCUUAAAA